AUGAGACUUUCUUUGCUCUGAUCAGACAUCCUCUUUUGGUCCAAUCUGGCAACCAGGCCGUUCCGAGCAGAGGGGCUUUUGUUGCAUCCAGAGGGAGGGAGAGAGAGCGAGCGAGCAAAGGCUUGAAUCAAAUCUAUGGGAGUCCAAUCUGCCCUGAUCUGCACUAAAACCUCGGGCCUCUCCCGAUCCAGUGUGUUUCUGCAGCUGCUCAGCUCAAAGCCUUUGUGUAGAUCGCUUUAGAUUUCUGCCUAAACCCGGAAUCAGAUAAUUUGCUGUAUUUGUUUAGAAUGGGAAACGCUGAAGACCCUGUACGAAAAAGGGAAACCUAAGGAUGCUGGAGCAGAACAAUGGAUUUCUCCUUCUCUUUCAUGCAAGGGAUCAUGGGAAACACAAUCCAGCAACCGCCUCAGCUCAUUGACUCAGCUAACAUCAGACAGGAGGACGUGUACGAUGCCAUCAGCGACCCCGGGGACGAGGGAGGCCCCUCUGCCUACGAUUCGCCCCUCGAUCCGGGGUUCUCCUACCCUCCGGACGACCUAGGGGUUGUCGCCAACGGUUACCAAGCGGGAAUCGGCGCCUACGAGCAGCAGGCCAAGUUUGCGCUGUACUCACAGUUCCCUAACGGCUCGGCCAACGGCUACGGCGCCAUCCGCAACUAUCACGCCGACCAUGGGCUGAUCUUAGGCGAGGGAACGGUGCUCCGAUCGCCCGUGGUUCAGGAAAAAGCAUCAUCUCAUAUCUCCUCGCCGCCUCAUCUUUCUCAUUCUCAUCUUCAUCAUCCUCAUUCUCAUCCUCAGCACCAAUCACAGCAGCAUCAACCUAAUCCUCAACUUCAUCACCCUCCUCAUCCUCCUCCUCCUCCUCCUCCUCCACCUCCUCCUUCAUCUUCCUCCUCUUCGCAUCACUUGCAGCCGGUUUACCCCCCUCCCCCCCUCAUCCUACCUUCCUCUCCACCUCCCCUUCCUGCCUCCAUUCAGGACGCAGCCUCCGAGCCCGUCGUCCAGAAGAAGACGAACUCCCCAGAAAUCAAGAUAAAGAUCAUAAAGACGUAUCAGAACGGACGCGAGCUGUUCGAGUCGUCGCUGUGCGGAGACCUGCUGCACGAGUUCCAGGAGUCGACUAGGAGGAACGAGCACAAGAAGGAGAAGAGAAAAAAGAAAAAUAGCCGACAUUGUGCCGUCCCUGAACAGGAAGUGAAGCUCGGUGAUGGACAGACUGCGACACAAGAGCAGCAACCUACCCCGAGUCUCAAAAACCCCAAAAUAGAACCCAAGGAGGUCCGGGUGGAGAAGGCCGCUCCCCCGGUGUGUGUGGAGUAUGAAAUCGGGGAUCUGGUGUGGGCUAAAGUUGGGACGUACCCAUGGUGGCCCUGCAUGGUCUCCUCCGACCCCCAGUUAAAGGUUCACACGCGCAUUAACACCAGAGGUCACAGGGAGUACCACGUACAAUUUUUUGGCAGUGUGGCUGAGCGGGCAUGGAUUCAUGAGAAGAGGAUCGUGGUGUAUAAAGGGGAGAGUCAGUUUGAGGAACUGCAAGCAGAAACUUUACGCAAAACCACCAAUCCCACAGAGAGACAGAAGCUGUUGAAGCCUCAGUCUCAGAGGGAGCGUGCCCAGUGGGAGGUGGGCGUCGGCCAUGCUGAGGCAGCCCUGCUCAUGACCCGAGAAGAGCGUAACGAGAAUUACACCUUCAUUUACAUUGACAAACUGCCUGCAGACAAACCUAGCGAUGAUCCUGUGACCCCAACGAGGACUAAAAAACGGAGGACAAGGCGCUCCAAGAGCAUAAAGAAAGAGGAUCCCGCGACGCUCCCACGCCGUCAGCAGCCUCGCCGACAGUGCAGCGUUUCAGACACUCAGGAGGAAGAGGCGGAGCCUGAGGACACAACAGAAACGCAACCCUCGCCCCCUCCGGUCCGGACUCCAUGGAGAACGGCGGCUGCUCGGAAGCUGCUACCGCUCUCCGUCACGAUGAAGAAGCUCAACGUGGAGAUCGUUAAAUGUGACUGGCAGCUGCCCAAAGAGAAGGUGGAGUUUAAAAAGGAGGUGAAGAGGGACAAUGAGCGAGUUCAGUCUCCAGAGGGUUCGAGUGAUAAAGCAGAGACGUUUUCCAGUGAGGAGGAGAGAACAGCGUGGAGUGAACCCGAGAGCGCAGAACACGUACACAAACCUGUUACUGAACCCAGCUCGGAGUCAAUGGAAAGGAAGCUGCAGCGGCGGUGUGUGCGAAGUCGCUCCGAGUCGGAAAAGAGCGUCGAUCCGGUUCCGAAGAAAAAGGUCAAGAAAGACCAGGUGGAGGCGAUGCCUCAGAUGGACUUUAAGACGGGAUCACAAAAAGGAGCCAGCGAGAUCUCCGAUUCUUGUAAACCACUGAAGAAACGCAGUCGAGCCUCGACAGAUGUUGAAGUUACAAGCUCGAUUUAUCGAGACACGUCUGACUCUGAUUCCAGAGGCCUCAACGACAUGCAGUGCGUAUUUGAGAAACGCUCGGACAGUCCUGGUAACGUGGACGCUGACGGCUCAGAUGCCCAAUCAGAAGAUUCGAAUGUCUCUCGGCAGGGCAUCAACAACUCCAAAAAGGAUAUGGUGUGUCAGGUUUGCGAGACGUUUGGAGAUUCCCUGCUGUGCUGUGAGGGCGAGUGUAACAGAUUUUUUCAUCCGGAGUGUUUGGCCUCAGCUGGGGGAACGGAGGGAGAAAACAUCUGCACAGAGUGCAAAACAGGUUCACACCCAUGUUUCUCCUGCAAGCGCACUGAUGAAGAUGUGAUACCGUGUUCGGUGAGCGGGUGUGGCCGUUUUUAUCACGAGUCCUGUGCUUGGAAAUAUGCGGGCACUGCUGCAGAGCCACGAGGCCUGAGGUGCCCGCAGCACUGCUGCGCUACUUGCUGGCUCGAAAAGGACUCGCAAAAGGCCCACAAAGGCCGGAUGAUGCGCUGUAUCCGCUGUCCUGUAGCCUACCAUGCAGGCGAUCUGUGUAUAGCAGCCGGGAGCGUCGUGAUUACGCCUCACGUCAUCGUGUGCAGCAGUCACUCGGGCACGAAGAAGAACGGCCAUCUCGGCUCGUCCGUAAACGUAGGCUGGUGUUUCAUUUGCUCGCGAGGACGCUUAGUGCACGACCUCACUGACACCGUAUUAAGUUCUUAUACGUUUAAGUCUCACUACCUUCUGACUGAGUCAAAUCGUGCUGAGUUGAUGAAAUUACCUCUGAUUCCUUCUCCUUCGUCAGCUACCCAAAAGAAUCCGGCCAAAGGAGGAAGACUCCUGUGCUGCGAGGCAUGCCCCGCCUCCUUCCACCCGUCCUGUUUAAAUGUGGAGAUGCCCGAAGGAGCUUGGCUUUGUAGCGACUGCAGAGUAGGAAAGAAACCUCGCUACAAACAGAUCGUCUGGGUCAAGCUGGGUAACUACAGAUGGUGGCCCGCUGAGAUCUGUAACCCUCGGCUGGUUCCGUCCAACAUCCAGAAUCUGAAACAUGACAUCGGGGAUUUUCCAGUCUUCUUCUUCGGGUCACACGAUUACUACUGGAUCCACCAGGGCCGAGUUUUCCCAUACCUGGAGAACGAUAAGAACUUCGCCGAGGGACAAAUUGGGAUUAACAAGACUUUUAAAAAAGCACUCGAGGAGGCAGCGAGGCGGUUUCAGGAGCUGAAAUCUCAGCGAGAGACCAAAGAAGCUCUGGAACAGGAACGCAACUCCCGGCGACCUCCUCCAUACAAACUCAUCAAGUGUAACAAGCCCGUAGGGAAGGUGCAGGUGCGCGUAGCCGACCUGUCAGAGAUCCCACGCUGCAACUGCAAGCCGAGUGACGAGCGCCCGUGCGCUCAGGAAUCGGAGUGUGUGAACCGGGCGCUGCAGUACGAGUGUCACUCGCAGGUGUGUGCCGCCGCCGAGCGUUGCCUCAACCAGAGCUUCAACAAACGGCAGUAUCCAAAAAUGGAGGUGAUCAAGACGGAGAAGCGAGGCUGGGGCCUCAAAACCAAACAGGACCUCAAAAAGGGAGAUUUUGUGAUGGAGUACGUAGGAGAACUGAUCGAUCUGGAGGAAUGUCGGCAGCGAAUCAGCCAUGCCAACAAGAACCAUGUGACCAACUUCUACAUGCUCACCCUCACCAAGGACCGUGUGAUUGAUGCUGGGCCCAAAGGGAACUUGUCUCGCUUCAUGAAUCACAGCUGCAGCCCAAACUGCGAGACGCAGAAAUGGACGGUGAACGGAGAUGUCCGCAUUGGCCUCUUCACUCUGUGUGACAUCGCUGCAGACACUGAACUGACGUUUAAUUAUAACCUGGACUGUUUGGGGAACGGGAGGACAACAUGUCACUGCGGAGCGGAGAACUGUAGCGGCUACCUGGGAGUCCGACCAAAGAGUGCUGUGGUGUUGGAAAAGGAGGAGAAAGUGCGGAACUCGAAGCUGAAGGUGAGGAAACGGAAGCUGAAGGCGGAAAGCCGCAGUCACGAUUAUUACUGCUAUUGCUGCGGCGAGGGCGGAGAACUGGUCAUGUGUGACAGGAAGGACUGCCCCAGAGCCUAUCACUUGCUCUGCCUCAACCUGACAACGCCCCCUUAUGGUCGCUGGGAAUGCCCUUGGCACCAAUGCAGUGUGUGUCCGCGCCCUGCCUCUGUGUUCUGCCACUUUUGCCCCGCCUCUUUCUGCCAGGAUCAUGAGGCAGGGCAGCUGGUGCUUUCUGCCCAGGAUAACCAGCCCUGCUGUCCCAAUCACGACCCAGAACAAGCACCCAGCCUCCCUACUAGUGUCCGAGUGAAGGAGGAAGAAGAAGCAGAGAGAGAAGAGGAGGACGAAGGGGAUGCAGAGAGAGAGGCAGAAGAGGACGAGGAAGGAGACAUGGCUGAUUGACUGAGCCAAAGCUCUUAUACUGAAAUGAAAUAAUUCCACACGGUGACUGGGAUUCAGAAAAACGAGGCCCUCCACGCAGCUAGAGGGUGCUGUGCAGUUCAAAAUCAUUAUACGUACAAGUCGGUUGGUGUUCAUUCCAGCUCAGCAGAGGGGGAUCGUUUAUGGAGGCGAAAAGUCACAAUUUAUGACUCACUCUUUCAGAUCCAGAAACGUGGAAAUGAAUCACACAGCACCCACUAAUCGUCACUUUAACGAUAUAUUAUUAUUAUUAUUAUUUAUUUUAUUUUUUUUUUCAAGCUGGGUUCUAAUUCAUCCUCCGAGGGGAGCCGAGAUCUUUUACACACACGCUCCGGUACCUACAACACCUUGAGAACUUCAUUCGAUGUACCUCAGUGUAAAUAGAAAGGAUUCAUAUGAGAGAAACGUAGAUCAGAUUCUCUACACUAGAAUUUUCACUACAUGUCUGAAUAUCGGCUAGUUGUGGAAAAAAAAAAAAAAAAAGGACUGUGACUCCAGUUUUGGUUACGUGCUGCCUCUUCAUUCCUGUGUGUUUGUGAUUUGUAAGAUUAUAUAUAAAGUUAUUCCACAAAAUCGAGUCGUACAUGAGCCGAUAGCCGACGAUGCGCGUAGCACCGAGUCGGCUAUAAGCCGUGUACGACGAGAUUGAGUGGAAUAACUGUUUUCUUCUAUCCACAUUCACUGGAUUUUGAAAAACGGAGCAUUUUUUAUUUUUUGCAAAUUUAAUAAAUAAACUUAUACAAAACUUCCAACAAAAUCAUUUCCACUUAGAAUGUAACCAAACCAGCGAAAUGACAGGAGCGAUUUGUGAAAAAUGCUGUAAUAAUUCUUAAAAAAAUAAAAAAAGAUAACCAUCAAAUAGUUUCAUUCCAUAUUUUGUUGUUUGUAUUUUUUGGGGUUUUGUUUUCGAGUAGCGUUUUUUAUUUUGUCCUCGGUUGGUUCAGCGACACACUCCGUCAUUUUCUUUUUCUCUACUGACUGUAUAGGAGCUGAUAGCCUAGUAGUAGAGUAGCCAAUCGGAGCGCACGAUUGCUCAUCCAGUGAAUGUGGAUAGAAAUAUAUAAACACGAAUAUAUUUAUGACUACGUUUACAUCAGCUCACAGUGUACAGUAUUGUUCAUUGGUAUUAUUAGUGAGUUUGAUAUCACUAUUCCUAAUGUCAUUGUAUACAUGCCCACUUUUUUUUUUCUUUCAUUUAGUUCAGACUCUUUUUCCUUGUCGUGAUGGUUAAUUUCAUAGACGAGUACUUAAAUUUCAGCAUUUUUACGAGGCUCAGCCAUGAGAAACACCUGAACACUGCCGUCGUUGGUGUUGUGCUGAUAGGAAGUUUUUUAAAAUAUCAUUUUCAGUGGUGUUGCCAAUCUACGCCAAUGUCUUUUUGUAAAAAUCUCAUUUGUACACAAUUGCCACUUUUAAGGUAUUAUAAUCUCAGCGUACCUUAAUAACCCAUAUUCUAACCAACCCAAGAUUAUACUGAAGGCUGUGAUGUCUUGAGUUGUUCGUUCGAGGUAAAUAACAGAAACGCAUAAUCAUUACGCUCUUUGAAUUUUAAAACGUUCUAAUUUUGUGACCGUUCCUCAUCCAGUUGGUGGUCGACAGCGCAACAUUGAUAUUUAAAUUAAUUUCCAGCUCAUGAUCGAGGCAAAAACCAGCAACGCCUUUCAGUGGGUUUUAUGACGGUUACGAAAACGUGUUUAAACUUAUAACUCCUGCUCAAUGUUACUUUAUUAACAUGAUGGCAGAUGUUCAGUGCAUCCUUCCGGGCUGCCAGAUCCAGACAAGAAUAUUCGACCUGCUUAAAGAUGGGCCAGAACCAACAAGGCAGAUCUGUUGGAUCAUCUAAAACACUCGGACAUGUCCAAGAUCAGGAUAAUCCCAACACAUCGUAAAAUCUUUAGCCCCCUUGUAUAAAUCAGUCUUGUUAAUAUAUUAACAGUUAACCCCUGCUGAGCUGCUUAGCCAGACGAUUAGUUCGUAUUUCCUUCCCAUUGAGCCACUACAUGUUAUUAAAUCUAAUCCCAAAUGUUCAAGUAUGCAGAACCAUGGAAGUCCGUCACUGCCAAAACGAGGCUUUUCAAAAACGUGUUGUGUCCAGCAGUGGUCCUUUCCUGUACACUUGAAAUCUGGAGAGCUGUUCACGUCUCAUGCACUUUGGUUUUGUUCGUCGUGUUGUUGGAGUUACAAUGCCAAGUCUGUUUACACUUAGAGGGUUUAAAAAAAUCCAGCACAUCACUGUUUUUGUCAUUUUACAGUUUCGAGGCUUUGGGAAUAGAUCUCAAUUAUUGCGUAAAGGCUUCCAUUUCUCCUUUUCGGGUUUUAUGAAUGUUCGUGAUCUACUCAAAUAUUUAAGUUUCAGUGUUAAAUAUUUCAGUGGAAAUAACCAGAAGGAACAUGGUGCACUAUAUAUUACUGCACCUGACCAUGCAGCAGCUUCGCUUUUAUUCACACUCGAUGGAUCGGCACAGUAAUUACAAUCCUACAACAUGCGCUCGUUAUAAACACCGUUUCCUUCUUUUCUUUCUGUUUUCUGUAUUUUUUCCUCUAUUUAUUUCAUGUUUCUCCCCCCCCCCCAGUUUUCUUUCUCCUUAUUUUUAAACAUGCACUAUAAUUAGGCUUGCUUUUUAUUUGUCCUUAUUUUGCUUAUUUCUUUUUCCCCUAUAUUUUCUUUCUUGGGCGGCACGGUGGUGUAGUGGUUAGCGCUGUCGCCUCACAGCAAGAAGGUCCUGGGUUUGAGCCCCGGGGCCGGCGAGGGCCUUUCUGUGUGGAGUUUGCAUGUUCUCCCCGUGUCCGCGUGGGUUUCCUCCGGGUGCUCCGGU